AUGAUGCUCUGCAAAGGACGCAGCGGGACGACGGUUCAGUUGCUGGUGCUACCUUCGCCCGCCGCAACGGCUGCCAGAGGCGGCGGCACCGCCGCAGCAACCGGCGUCGGAGGUGGCGAGCUCGUCUGCCUGCAGCUCGAGGAGGGAUGGGAGGAGAGGGCGGUCGACCUGGGGACCAUCGGAAAGGCGCUGGCACUGGAGCCCCUCUCCAUCAGGCUUAACGGCUACAUGCUGGGAGCCACAGCCCCAGACUUCGUCGCAAUCUCCGUCACUUGGGGCUCCCUCCUCUCUCACUUCUCCGCUCGCCGUUUGCCCACCGGCUGCCCCGCCGCCGGCGUGCCCAUCGUCGUGCAGGGACGGCCGGCUUCCAUUUCUGCCGCCGGCGGCAAAAGGAAGGCGGCACCCAACAACGAGAGGCCCAUGAAGAGGGAGAAAAUCUGCAUAAAGAUGACGGUGACUUUAGAUGACGACGAUGGUCCAGCCAAGGAAAGGAAAAGCGUGGCUGGUUCAGGUGGAUUGGUGACCUCAAACGGCGUGUCCUCCUCCCUCGCUUCUCGAGGCGUCGCGUCGAACUGCCUCGCGAGGCAUCGGACGAAGCGCUCCAGAGAAGGCGACCUGGUCAUGGCGGCGCUCCCUUGUAAGAGGGCCGCGUGA